GGCACCUCGAAAUCCCCUUUGAUAAAUACGUUCGGAUGACCAAAACCUAGAAGACCUCACACCUACAUUUGGAUACGAUCGGUUAUGGUAUCACCAUGUCUCCGAUUCGGAAAUUAAGCCUUGCGUAUCGAUCGCCUACCACGGCCAACUUUGCUUCACCCACUGGGCCCCAGCCGCCGUUACCGUCCACAAGGGGCAGCAUGCAAGUGGAACCGUUGCCUGGCGAUAGGAAGUCGCCUACCACUCAAACAUUGCCGGCUAGGCCUCCUUUGUCUCCACGACGAGCCGAGGAUUCGAACACGUUCGAGACGCCCAAACGGAAAGAGUCACUAAGGGAUCGCAGAGCGAGGCACCGAACGGCUCAGUCGCAGCGCUCUUCGUAUGACGCUCUCAAUGGCACUCAACCUGGCUCGCCCACCGCGAAUGCUUCGUUGCCGAUACCACCUGUCACCACGAUCAUUCCCCCUCCCAUCGACCUAGCCAUCCCGCACCUGCCCAACGACAAUAUACCCAUCAUAGCCACAUCCUCGACAUCGGACCCGGCUUCUGCCGAGACCUCGACGAAUCCUAUGAUCAUGUCCGGCAGAUCCAUGCCAACAACGAUGGAUGCCAGGAAGCUGACCCGGAUAGCUCAGGCCAUGGGUCUGGUCAGUACCGGUCCGUCGUCGUCGAUGCACGACAGACGUCCCCGUUCGAAGCGGACAUCCGUAGGCGAUCACUCUUUACCUCGUCGCAGGCCGUCGGUGAACGGAGCGUUCCCCAGUCCAGCAAGGUCCGGGUUCUCCGCCGCUUCUUCGAAUCGUACUGGACGAGCACAUGGAGCAGGCCGAGCUGCCGAUCUGGGAGGACGAGGUCAUCUUGUGCAGAUAGUACCUCCGGACCACCUUUUCGUCCCAUCGGGAUUCAGCCCGACACUCAACCUGGAGGACAUUGAGCAGAAGCCGGGCUCUUCGAGUACGCUUUCGUCGGAUGAGAAGGAACUGCGACGUUGGCGUAGAGGAAGGCUGCUGCCAUUGCGGGGUACGAUGGAUGGGAUGAUCAAGGACGUGGUCAGGGAAUGGGGAUUGCCUAGCGGGAUCGGGAUGACGCUCUACCUCGUCAACGAGGAGGAAAAGGCCGUUGCGAGUUCAGAGGAGGAUGAAUCGGGGCAAGAGUACGAAGGCGGGAUGAAGUGCUCGCCCGAAGCGUGGAAGAUCCUCUGGGCCGACCUCUUCAACCCGAUCAACGUCAGGCUACCGUCGUCUAGAUUCCCGUCACCUAGGGGCCAGGCGAUACCGGUCCGGAACGGCAGCCUCUCUGUGGUCAGAGCGGAUAGCAGAGAAGACUUGGCAGAUGAUCUCAACGCCAACCCCUUCCGAGCGAGCGCCAACAAUAGAAGCCUGUUCGAAGGUUUUCUAACGCCCGCUAGUGCGAGGUCGUUCCAGUUAUUCAAUUCGGAUACGGGCAACUCGCCAGGAAAACGUAGCUCUCUGGCUCCAUCGGCUUCCGCCUCGCAGACCAACUCUCCGCCCCGCAAAGUACGCAAAGAUUCCAAUUGGACGGACGAUCAGACCAGUCCCACCUUCGAAUACGCGCCGCGGUCCUUGUUUCAGUCAUCGAAACGGCCAAGUCGGAUUGUCGGCAAGAUCGAGUUUGACUUCGAUCGGGAUCGUGCCAAGUGGUACGAAGUUUGGAGGGAACGUAGGCAACAAGCUGCUGAGAUUCCUCGGAAAGGAGGAUUGAGGCCGCUUAGGCUCGGCGUGGAAGACCAAGAACUCGAUAGUGGAGAUCAAGAGGCGGCGGUGGGAACGAGAGAGCUCGAACAGCACAAGUCGAUAGAGCUAGAGCAGGCCGAGCCGAAAGAGCAGUUGGAAGAGGUCAAGCAGGAUGAGCCGGAAGAUGCCAAACGGGAGGGGUCCGAAGAAUUCAAGCAGGAAGAGCCGGAACAGCUGCAGCGGCACGAGCUGACAGAACCGAAACAGAUUGUACAGGAUGAGACGGGACAGGAUGAAGUGAAGGAGCUGGACCCGGUUGAGCCUGAUCAUCUGACGCAGACUGCGACGACAUUGGCUUCAGUAACCGCAGAGACCUCGCCUGAGACACCAGAGGAAAGCGCUUCGGAAUAUAGCGCCGAGCAGAGCCCUGAAGGAUACGCUCAACUUGACGACGAGUCCCUCGAGGAAGAAGUUGCCUCCGAAUCUAACGCAGGCAACCUAUCACCCGAUGAUGACGAGGAGGAAUUCGCUAUCCUACGUGCAGACCGUCUCACCAACGAGAAGACCGAGUUCGGUUUCGAUGAUAUCGGCAGUAACGCGAUUCUUGAUGACAAGAUACCGGACGCCAAAUUGGCUGGAGAUUCCGAAGAACAAGACACGGAACCUCUGUCUGAUGUGCAAGAAGUCGCAAUGUUGAUUGCUGAGCGUCAACAAGCUAGUGCUGCCAAUACUCCCCUGCUCAACGUCCCAGAUGAGCAAGGUCAAGGUCUCGCUAGUCCUAUCAACCUACCUUCUCCACAGACUGCCAGUACUGGUCCCGUGGUCAACACGCCCACGCUAUCUUUCACUCCAGCGCAAGACCGCAAGCUCUCGAUAGAGAUCCCUGAAGCUACCACGCCAGCCAUGUUCGGGCUCGGAAUGGGUCUAGACAUGGCAUAUGAUAAGCGAGGUAGCUCGCUGGUGAUGAGCGAUCAACUUGAUUUGCUCGAGCGAGCUAUGAAAGAUCUGUCGCCUCGCGAGAUCCGCAUGUCCGUCUUUGGUCCAUCUUCCACCAAUCAACCGGCAACUAAACCUGCAGGACAGCCUCGACAAGUCGAGGAUAUCUCUCCCAAGACGAUGGAUAUCGCGACUAUGGAAGGAGAAACAGGACACCCGGCACGUCCCCGGCCAUGCCUAACGGCAUCUUGACCGCAAAGCAGCAAAAGUACACGCCACGCAGUAUACCUGACGGAACGGCUCCAGUUUCCAUUUCCCCCGAAACCAUGGCUCGCAUGGAGUACGAGCAUGUCCCGAAGCAGC